AUGCUGCUGAAUAAUACUGUGACUGAAUUCAUCCUGCUUGGAUUGACACAGGAUCCUGUUAAAAAGAAAAUAGUAUUUGUCAUUUUCCUACUUUUCUACUUAGGAACUUUGUUUGGUAACUUGCUGAUUAUUGUCACCAUUAAGACCAGCCAAGCUCUUGGGAGUCCAAUGUACUUCUUCCUUUUCUAUUUAUCCUUAUCUGACACCUGCUUCUCUACGUCCAUAGCCCCGAGAAUGAUUGUGGAUACACUUUUGAAGAAUAGCACUAUCUCUUUCAGUGAGUGCAUCAUCCAAGUCUUUUCAUUUCAUUUCUUUGGCUGCCUGGAAAUCUUCAUCCUGAUCCUUAUGGCUGUUGACCGCUAUGUGGCCAUCUGUAAACCCCUGCACUACAUGACCAUCAUGAACAAGAGGGUCUGCAGUGUGUUGGUGGCUGUAGCCUGGGUGGGGUCUUGUGUGCAUUCUUUAGCUCAGAUUUUUCUGGCCUUGAGUUUACCUUACUGUGGUCCCAAUGUGAUUGAUCACUAUUUUUGUGACUUGCAGCCCUUGUUGCAACUCGCCUGCGCAGACACCUAUGUGGUCAAUCUACUACUAGUGUCCAAUAGUGGGGCCAUUUGUACAAUCAGUUUUGUCAUGCUGAUGAUCUCCUAUGUUAUAAUUUUGCAUUCUCUGAGACACCAUAGUGCUGAAGGGAGAAAAAAAGCCCUUUCCACUUGUGUCUCUCACAUUAUUGUAGUCAUCUUGUUCUUUGGUCCGUGCAUAUUUAUAUACACACGCCCAGCGACCACCUUUCCUAUGGAUAAAAUGAUAGCUUUCUUUUAUACAAUUGGAACGCCUUUGCUUAACCCACUAAUUUACACACUGAGAAAUGCAGAGGUGAAAAAUGCCAUGAAGAAGUUAUGGAGCAAGAAAGUGAUGUCAGAAGACCGACGGUGA